GUGGUGGUGUUGGCAGUAGUAGAGACAGGGAGGGACAUGGUGGACGAGAGAGGGAAUGGCAUACGUCAAUGUGGUGGAAUGGUGCCCUGACCAAGUCUCGGAGUGGCUCAAAGGUCUGGAUGAAGCCAUCUUGCCUUAUAUCCACUACUUUGUCAACAACCAAGUUGAUGGCAAAAGGUUGCUUCAACUGAGCCCCGAUGACUUGCCCUCUCUCUCUGUCACCAAGAUUGGCCACCAGGAGAUCAUUCUUCAGGCUGUUGAGCUUUUGCGUAUUAUUCACUACCAACUAAACCAGGAGAAUGUCCAGUAUAUGGCCCUGCGCUUGAGCUCCAAAGCACGAAGCAUAUACAAUGAGCUACGACAGACGGCCUCCUCAUUCAGGAAUGGAGGAGGGAGUGCUGGGGAGGAAGAGGAGGGUGAGGAUGAUGAAGAAGGGGCUGAAAGGAGAAAUGCCAAAAAGAGACAAGAGAGGGUGUCUACAGCCAUCAUUGCAGGGGUGGCUGAUGUGCUCUCCUCAGUUAAGGGUCUCAUGUCUUGGCUCAACAGGCAACCUUUUGAAGGCCAGGAAAAGUAUGAUUGCCUUAAGAGUGACCUGGUGGAGCUGAGCAUUCGACUUGCAACCAUUGCCCAGCGUGACAUGUUUGCUGAGAACCAAGCCACCAUCAUUCUCCAGUUGUGCCUUAGGCUUGCUGUCAUAUCAGAUAAAAUCAUCCAGGAGUACAGUGACCCUCUGAUUAUUCAACCUGCCACUCUGGACAUUGCCACCAUGAAGAAGAAGGCUGAUGACGAGUGGGGAUUAGGGUUGCUGUCAUCUUACCACGGUGUCCACCAGGUGUCAGAAGUACGAGCACUGAGUCCGGCUUACCAGUGCGGCAAACUGCAGGAGGGGGAUGAGCUGGUGCAAGUCAACUACCAGACUGUUAUUGGCUGGAGUCCUCAUAAGGUGGCAGCAAUUAUGCAAGAAUUCCCUGUCGAAGUCAUCUUAACGGUAAAGAAACGCCCUCGGCAUGCUAACACUGUAACCCAAAUAUACUUGAAGCCCAUGCGGCUUCCCAGCAAAAAACGCACUUACUCUCCGUGGGCUAAUUCGUUGGCUGCCUCACCCCGUUACGACCUACAGAGCAUCCCUAAUCUACAACUGUCGGUGUCAGUAGACAAGAUGCCUUUGAGGCGUGAAGAGAACCUGGUACGGCGUCCUAAAUCCAUAACUCCUCCUCCACAGCAGGCAGCACCAUCGCCACAGCCUCCACCGUCUCUUGGCGAUGUACCGAGCACCACAUCGGACAGGGAGUCGGAAGCCUCUGACUCUGAGGAUGAUCCGUUCUUGUCUGACAGUGACCUUGCCGGCACAUCUCCUGUCAGUGUGCGUCUAUACCACCCAAAACCUCGUGCACCAGUGCAGCGUCGUGCCACAAUACCUGGAGCCACCACCAGACCUUCUCUCAGCUUUGACCAGCUUUUGCAGGAUGUGAAAUGGAUUCGUGGGGGCCGGGGUGGAUUUAUUGAGGGCUCUGACCCAUCGGACCCAGAUUUGUUAAGAGGAUCUGGUGGGUCGGACCGUGUUGCCCGUCCGCACACUUGCAUAGGCACUGAAAAUAAAAUCAGGCUGAUAAGAGAAAGGAAGGAAGCAAUGCUCAAAGAAGGUGGACAGGUAGAAUGUCCUGUGAAGGAAGGUGGAGGCAAGUCAGCUGAUGACACAGGUGGCAAGAAUGGAAAGAGAAAUGCUGACCAAGAAUGUCUGUCAGGUGAAGAAAAAUAUGAAAAGAAAGUAGUCAACGUCAUACCACUGCCACCACGGAAGCCUACUAACUAUGGUGCAGCAACAGGAAGUCACACCUCCUCUCCUUCAGUGGCUCAUCGUCCACUGUUGACAGAGGACAAUACAAAUGGAAGAGUAGGAAGUCCAGCAUUAGUUGCACACGCUCAGUCACCUUCCUUGCAGUAUGGUACAGUCUCUCCCGAUAAGACCAUUAAUUCUAGCCGUGAGUCUGUGCAAGAUGUAUCUGGCAGGCCACGUCGUGUUUCUGAGGAUAGGCCCAAACUAGACAAGAGCCAUAGCACUCCAGCAUAUGAUCUAGAUGGGGAUGGUACACUACCUGGUGUCUCCACCUCACUCUCUAGCCACACUGAACGCUCGCCGGCCACCCUCAAAUCCCCGCACAGCACCAAACAUGGCUCGAGCUCAACCAACUUCUUCAGCAAACGUGAUUCGAAGACGUCACUAGCAGUCAUCUCUGGAGAUGUUACUCCUGUGAUCCCCCACCUGGGCAUCGCCUCUGGCAGGGACUCCCCUGGUGAGGUGCUGCCACCUGUCCCCGCCACCAUCAUAACCUCGGCAGUGAUGACCGUCGGGGCUGGUACUACAGAGCAUGUCAGGUCCCAGGUGGUGUUCCCCGUGGGGGCGGCCGUCUCGGAUCAAGCUUCUUCAGAGCUCGUUAAUAAAGCGGACGUUAAUUCUGGUGCCGGGGAGGUACACGGCAGUGGCGGUGCUGGUGGUGGUAACAGGAAACUUGGCUCUAGUGACGGUGGUUUUAUUAAUAGCAACGAUGGAAGAGUUAGUACAAGUAGCAGUGGGAUUAGUGGUGUUGAGAGCAUGAACAGUCAGCAAGUGGUUCCUUCCUCUGCCUGCCAACCCUCCACAUCCUCAGCAGCAGCAGUGGUGCUCAGGGAGACACGUAGCAGUUCCCCAUCUGUGUGGCGACGUGGUUUCCUGGUGUCAGAUCGUGGAAGUAGGAGAAUUUCUUGCCGUGAACUUGGCCAAGGAGACCAUCAAGGGUGGCUGCACCGUCGACGUGAUAACAAAGGAUUUCUCCUUCCACAUCGCUGGGAACGUCGUUGGUUCAUCUUGAAGAAGAACUACCUGUAUGGUUAUCGUGACCGUGAGGCUGUGCGGGCCGACUCCCUCAUAUACCUUCCGGGCUUCCAUGUGUGUCCCGCCACCGAUGUCAAGGCCAAGAAAUUUGCUUUCAAAAUAUAUCAUUCAAGCGGAGCCACGUUUUACUUUGCUUGUGACACGAGUGAGGAGAGGAGCCGAUGGAUGAGUCAGAUGGGCCUUUCGGCUAUUACCUCCCUUGCAUCCCAGAAUCGUCACCAGCACGUACACCAACAGCAAGGGGAAGAGGUCUACUACAGUGAAACUGACGAAGAACUUGAGGAGCGAUCAUCUCCUUCACGACGGUCGCCACAGUCUUCUCAGUCCAGGACGUCACCAAGCAAGGAGGCCGCUGGGGGAGUGUGGCGAGGAGGUUCGGCCAGUCCAUCCCGAGGCAGCCAGGGUCGUGGGACGUCCCUCAGCUCCUUGGCUGGCCUUGGUUCUAGUAAGAGUCAAGGACUACGGUUCCUGCAGCCUUCGAGGGAUCCAAUGAACCAACCUGUACCCACAGCAUCUUUCCGCAGUUAUAGGCGUGUGAGUGAGAGCAGCAGUCGUAGCACAUCCACGGGUGAUUUGCGAGGGGUCAAUAAAACUGAAGACAGUGGUGGCCAGGCAGAUAUAACUAGUACUGAAGGCACUUCUGGCCGACGAGUUACGAGGAAGAACAGCCUUCGUGAUCGCUUGCGGCAGCUGCCAGCUCCUUUCACCUUGGAGCGGCGACGACAGGCAACGAGCAGAGGCACACCAAAUGGCCAGGAUCAGCAAAAGCAAUAUAAGAAGCAGCAGCAUGAAGAGCAACUUGAACUGCAGCAGGAUGCUGAACUGAAGAGAGUAGAUGUGAAAGUAUCACAGGAAGGUAGCACAGGGCCUCUUCCAGAGAGCACUGAUUACUGCAUACCCAACUUAGAGCAACGUUCUGCAGAUGAUGGGCGUAGUAGUUUACAGGAAUCUUCUACUGUGGGUAAUCGCCAGCGUCCACAUUACAUGCUUCCGACCCGUGCUAGUAGUCAACACUCUCCAGUGAGACCUUCUUCUGUUGACCUGGACACCCGAAGUAGCCCAAGUAAAGUUGGUAAUGGUAGGUGGAAUGGUACUCCCCCACCCAGCGGUCGUUGUAGUCCUUCAAAAUUUGAAGUUAGUGGGAGGCGUGGGAGUAUUGGCGGAGAGUCUCCAGUGAGGUCAAGAUCGCCAAGAAGAGGUUCGCUUGACUGCUUGGCUUGGUCGCAUCCAAGAGCUCUUUCUCCUCCUAUAUCGCCUCUUCACACACCAACUCGUAGUUCACAUGGCUCAACCAGUAGUUUGCUUGCUUCAGAGGAAUACCGUGAGGGUUCUCCAGAAAAGCUGUGGAUCAACUCCCUUCGCAACGAUAAUUCCAGACCACGUGCAAAUUUACGUUCGUCUCCGGAGAAAAGGGAUGGAAGAUCACGAACUGGUUCUGGAGAGGUUCUCAUACCAGAUCGUUUGAAACGUGCUGCUCUCUAUCACCCUCCUCAGCUUCGUAAUAGAAAUGAUUCUAUGAGAGCUGCAUUUGAAUUAGCUUUGGAUCCCAGCAGUGGACAAGUAAUUCUAGACAACAGCAGAGAAGAUAGCAAGCCAGCAGCAGCAGCAGGUCCAGAGAUAUCGUCGGUCUCUUCACGCUACUUCACGGAGCAGUGGGUGCAGGGAGCAGCAACUCCCACCAAAAAGCCACAACAAAUAAGUAACAGUGGGAUGCUCGGUACACCUCGACCAGAAGUGCCUCCAAGAACAAAAUUCCUGUCGCCAAGUGAACGUACUCUUCCCACCUCUUCUCCCUCUGCUAGCAGUUCCACACUCGUGGCAAGUUCCUCAUCUCCCUCCUCUUGUUGUACCCGGUCUACCUCCAGUCUCUCUCAGUACUCGUCCUCUUCCCAGUCACGUGUGUCCAUCUCCUCUCUGCCUUACACAUCGCCUAACUCCCCGGCACAAGCCCAUAACACGAGUACAAAGCUUGUUCCAAGUUUAACCAUCAGGACACAUGCUGAAGAGUCGGAAACUAUUCGGACACCUUUGAAGCCUGCUAUGGGAGUGUCCAUGAUUGGAAAACAGAGAAGAACACCGAGUGUCUUGUCUCCUCGUGACAUAUUUUUUUCAACGCCUCCUUCGUCGCCUACGCCCACGAACCAACCUGCUGCUGUGUUGUCUCCCGGGUCAAGCAGCGUGUCUAGCAUAUCAACUACAGUUACUUACCCAAUAGCAAAUUUCCCACAUGGCUUGGUGGGGAAGACUUCAACUCCCACCAAGCUGCGCAACCAAAAAAUCCUUCCUCAUUACCCUGGCAUGGAGUACCCACCGGUGUUUGAGCCUGGUUCAUACUCUCUGUGUGGCAGUCCUCCAGAACAGUCGGUGUAUCAAAUGCCAAAUCUUCCCUCUCCCCACCAGACUGAUCAGCAGACAGCCCCACACCACAACUUUAGUGACAUGGCCACCUCCUGUGCUAGCAUUGAAACCCAUGUCAUGUUUACGGUUGGUCAGGCUGCUGCCUCGCCUGGAGUUACACAAGCAAAUAACAAGUCCACUUCUCCAGAUGUUUCAUUGCAGGAAUUACCGGGGAAGAGCAGUGAAGGUGGAAGCCAGCAAAAUCAGUGUGUGUCCAGUCACGAAUAUAAGACCCAAAGAAAUAUUCAUGUUGGCAGCUCCAUUGGGACUGCUGCACACCACAGUGUGCAUGUAAUAAUGCCAGUUCAGCCCAACUCUCACCAAAACCUGUAUGUAACCUCUCCAUCUGGAUCCACUUCUUUCCAGAAUUUAUAUGUGAGUGGCCCAGGCUCUGGCACUCACCAAAAUAUAUACGUAACAUCUCCAGUGUCUACAUCUCAUCAAAAUUUGUAUGUCAGUACUCAUCAGAAUGUGUAUGUCACCACUCCAGUACGACCUAACACUCAACACAACAUAUACGUGUCUUCACCAUCUAGGUCUGGCCCCAGACAAAAUAUAAAUAUGAGUAGCACUCCCGGCCGACCUGUAUCUGAGCCUGCGGAUGAAAGCAGCGAACGAGUAAAGUCUGUGUGCAACUUCAGCCCAAGUGCUGAAGGUCAAAACAAUGGCUCAAGUGGUUCCUGUAGGCCUCUGUCAAAGUCAUUAGUCCCACCAAGACUACGGCUUCCAGGGCCUCCCGAUUCUCCACCAAGUGAUGAUGAUUCUGAAGUAAAAAGUUCUUCGACCCAGACAGAGUCUUCGGCAUAAACGUGCAACAGCAGCUCGGGAACUACAGAGCCAGGUUGGCAAUAAUUAACCUGUGUGUUGGAGCUGCCAGGGCAGUAGGGCACCAGGUAUGUGUAUGUGGCAUUGGAAUGAAUGGUGCUCUGUCUAAAAUGUGAUCGCUCAACAUUAUCACUUCAGGUAAAUCUUUCACAAUCAAAAGUGAGAGUGCUGAGUUUUAUUGCUUUAAGAGUGCUUUCAUAGACUUAUGUUUAUAUAAAAUUUCUUGUUGUUGGAGUAUAAGAGAGAGGAAAGUUUGCAGCUGUACCUCGUAUUAUAUUAGCUGCACCACAUUAAUGAGUCGUGUAAGGAGGGAGUACUGGUUACCUUGAAGGUGAUAUAUUGAAUGAAUCUUUCUAGUUAACCUUAAAGGUAAUGUGUGAUGAUUGACCCCUCGUUACUUUGAAGGUGAUACAAUGAAUGCUCAUACUGUAUUGUGUGUAAAAGUUGUAUAUAUUUCUACAUUAGAUGAUCAUGUGAUAAUAGUUGGCAUUAUGCAUUGUUGAAUUUAAAAGUUAUCUUGUCACAAAUUACUGUAUAGGUAUGAAGUGUGAAGUAUAAGUUUUUAAUAGUAAAUUCUUAUUUGUAAAAGUAAUUAUUUAAGAGCUUAACAUUUUUAUUUUGUUGUGUUUCUUUCUUAGUUGUUGAAAUGUUUUAUACCAAUUCUGGGAUAUUCCCCAGGAAGCAGUCCACAGGUGAACAGCCUCAGUGUCUUAAGAAGGUGUCUGUGUUGAGAAUCUCCCUAGUUAAAGGUUAUCUGUGCUGAUGAGCCACUGAUAUGGGCUUGAAAGAUAAAAUGUAUCCUGACAAGUGUGUUACUGCAGUCAG